GAAGAAGAAGAAGAAGAAGAAGAAGAAGAAGAAGAAGAAGAAGAAGAAGAAGAAGAAGAAGAAGAAGAAGAAGAAGAAGAAGAAGAAGAAGAAGAAGAAGAAGAAGAAGAAGAAGAAGAAGAAGAAGAAGAAGAAGAAGAAGAAGAAGAAGAAGAAGAAGAAGAAGAAGAAGAAGAAGAAGAAGAAGAAGAAGAAGAAGAAGAAGAAGAAGAAGAAGAAGAAGAAGAAGAAGAAGAAGAAGAAGAAGAAGAAGAAGAAGAAGAAGAAGAAGAAGAAGAAGAAGAGAAGAAGAAGAAGAAAGAAGAAGAAGAAGAAGAAGAAGAAGAAGAAGAAGAAGAAGAAGAAGAAGAAGAAGAAGAAGAAGAGAAGAAGAAGAAGAAGAAGAAGAAGAAGAAGAAGAAGAAGAAAGAAGAAGAAGAAGAAGAAGAAGAAGAAGAAGAAGAAGAAGAAGAAGAAGAAGAAGAAGAAGAAGAAGAAGAAGAAAGAAGAAGAAGAAGAAGAAGAAGAAGAGAAGAAGAAGAAGAAGAAGAAGAAGAAGAAGAAGAAGAAGAAGAAGAAGGAAGAGAAGAAGAAGAAGAAGAAGAAGAAGAAGAAGAAGAAGAAGAAGAAGAAGAAGAAGAAGAAGAAGAAGAAGAAGAAGAAGAAGAAGAAGAAGAAGAA